AUGGGAGACUGGGGAUUCCUGUCGUCCUUACUGGACAAGGUCCAGUCGCACUCCACCGUCAUCGGCAAGAUCUGGAUGACGGUUCUUUUCCUGUUCCGGAUCAUGGUCCUGGGCGCGGGGGCCGAGAGCGUGUGGGGCGACGAGCAGUCCGACUUCGUGUGCAACACGCAGCAGCCCGGUUGCGAGAACGUCUGCUACGACUGGACCUUCCCCAUCUCGCACAUCCGCUUCUGGGUCCUUCAGAUCAUCUUCGUGUCCACGCCCACGCUGGUCUACCUGGGCCACGCCAUGCACGUCAUCCACCAGGAGAACAAGAUGCGCGAGAAGCUGGCCAGCCCCGGCGGACCGCGCCGCCUCAAGUCGCCCAAGUACACCGACGACAAGGGCAAAGUGACCAUCAAGGGGAACCUCCUGGGGAGCUACCUCACCCAGCUGGUUUUCAAGAUCCUCAUCGAGGCGGCCUUCAUCACGGGUCAGUACUACCUGUACGGUUUCAUCAUGGUGCCCAUGUUCCCGUGCUCCAAGAAGCCGUGCCCGUUCACCGUCGAGUGCUACAUGUCGCGGCCCACCGAGAAGACCAUCUUCAUCAUCUUCAUGCUGGCCGUGGCGUGCGUGUCCCUGGUGCUCAACGUGGCCGAGGUCUUCUACCUGCUGUGCAGCCGAUGCAAGGCCAGGUCCGGGUCCCGAAGGGGGAACUCGGCCGACAACCCGGUGGCGCUGUCGGCGCCCCGGUGGCCCACGGUCGACGACGCCCUGAAGCAGAGCAAGAAGCACCUGGACUUGGAGAUGGAGACCAGCCAGAGUCUGGGAGGGAGUCUGGAUGGAGCCAAGGAGGAGAAGCGGCUGCUGGGCGACCACUUGCAUUCUUAG